AGAGGACAGACAUUUAGACGCUUGUGUGGGAGGCUCUCGGCUCUGAAUGUCAGCUGAAAGCCUGACUCUGUUCAGUUCAACAACAGCAGCGGAGAGACGGCGGGAUCUACUGAUAACUGAGCUCCAUCAUCCAAGAUCAGAAUGGAAACUCACGGUAGAAAAACAAACACAUGUGGGAUCAUUUGUCUGAAAUAUCUACUUUUCCUCUUCAACAUAUUUUUCUGGCUGGCAGGAGGAGCUGUGCUGGCAGUGGGAGUGUGGACUCUGGUGGAAAAGAGCGACUACAUCAGUUUAUUAAACUCCAGCUUCUACUCCGCCUCCGCCUACAUUCUAAUAUCUGCGGGAGUCAUCGUGAUUGUGACUGGGAUAAUCGGAUGCUGUGCCACUUUGAAGGAGAUGAGAAGCCUUUUGGUCAUGUAUUUGUUUUUGUUGCUGUGUGUCUUCCUGCUGGAAAUCGUUGCCGGGGUUCUGGCUUACAUUAACUACCAAGGGUGUUUCCCUUUCUGCUACCAGCUUGAUGAGGAGCUCAGACAGAACCUAAAGGAAACUAUGCAGCAGAAAUACCAACAGCCAGGAGAGGAGAGCAUCACACAGGCUGUUGACAAGCUGCAACAGGAAUUUAAGUGCUGUGGGAGUCACAACUAUUCAGACUGGACAGACAGUCUGUGGAUCCAAGAAGCUAAGAAUAGUCGGCUUGUUCCUGAUAGCUGCUGUAAAACUCCCAGUGAGCUCUGUGGCAGCAGGAACCAUCCAUCCAACAUCUACAGGGUGGAGGGAGGAUGCAUCACAAAAUUAGAAGACUUCAUCCAGAGUCAGUUAUAUAUUCUUGGGGCAGUGGGUGUUGGGAUUGCAUUUCUGCAGCUCGUGGGGAUGAUGUUUACUUGCUGCCUUUAUCGAAACCUGAAAAAAGAUCCAUACUGAUUUUGGGGAAACAAUAACAUCACAUUACAUUCUAUAUUGUGAAAUGUGUGCUUGAAAGUUGUAAAACCCAACUUUUAUCCACAUUUGUGAUGUACAAGUUAUGUCCAAACUAUGACACUAAAGCUUCAACACUCAACAACUAUAGAGGCCAUAUUGCUGCUGGGCAGCACUGUUUUUUUCUUCAUUUAAAAUUCCACUUAUUUCAUUUUAUAAUAAAGAAAUUUUCACUCAAAUAUAACAUGAAAAUACUGUGGAUGUUUUAUCUAACUACAAAGUAUUUACUACGAGUAAUCUUUAAAACUAGUAGUACGUUUAGUAUCAGUAAAAUAGUAAAAUGACGAAAUGAAAAUAAAUGAAUGUUUGCUUUAAUUAUGAACUUUUAUUGUGAAAUUAUUAAAACGGAUGUUGUUGUCAGCUGACUGGA